UGAAUACAAGUGAAGCCUCUCGGCUCGCUACGUCGACGAAUGUGCGCUAGCUUGACAAGUGAAAACAAACAGUUGUGAGUGGCUGGAAGACAUGCAGUAGGUUGUGUGUAACCAGAAAGAGACGUUCAUCAUGUCGAAUAUGGAGAAACAUUUAUUUAACCUCAAGUUUGCUGCCAAGGAGCUACAGCGCAACUCCAAGAAAUGUGACAAAGAGGAAAAGGCAGAAAAAGCUAAAGUGAAGCAGGCUAUUCAGAAGGGAAAUAUGGAGGCGGCCAGGAUCCAUGCAGAGAAUGCCAUCCGUCAGAAGCAUCAGUCCAUUAACUUCUUGAGGAUGAGUGCACGUGUGGAUGCUGUGGCUUCCAGGGUCCAGACUGCUGUCACUAUGAACCAGGUAUCCAAGUCCAUGUCUGGAGUUGUCAAGUCUAUGGAUGCUACAUUGAAAAGCAUGAACUUGGAAAAGAUAUCUACAUUGAUGGACAAGUUUGAAAACCAAUUUGAAACUCUGGAUGUGCAGACAGCUCAGAUGGAAGACACAAUGGGCAAAACCACCACUCUGACAACACCUCAGAAUGAAGUGGACAUGCUGUUGCACGAGAUGGCUGAUGAAGCAGGGUUGGAUCUUAACCUGGAGCUUCCUUCAGGCCAGACUUCCUCACUUGCUUCAGCUGUGGCAUCAACAGAGCAGGAUGAACUCUCCCAGAGGCUGUCCAGGCUGCGGGACCAGGUGUCAUAAUGAUGUAGAAAAAAGACAAGAACUGGAGGACGGAGAAGAGCAGGAGAAGCAAGAAGAGACGGGGAGAAAAGGUGGAGGAUAAA